AUGUCCCUGUCUUCCUUGUGCAAAGCCGGCGGGCCGACUCUCGGCGCUUGCCUCCCCGCCCAGCGCGCCGUCCUCUUCGCCUGGUCGCUCUCAAGCGGCGUCGGCCCGCCCUUCGACGUCGCCUUCUCGUUCCUUCUCACCGCCCUCGCGAUGCUCUCUGUCGCGCUCGCCGCCUGCAGGCCCGUGCACUUGGCGCCCGCCGCUGCCCGCGCACGCGGCUACCUCGGCGGCUCCAGCGCCACCCAGCAGCUCUCGAGGUCUCGAGGGUCGCAGGAGCUGGUCGCCGCGCAGGCUGCUCAGAGCGGCGCGGACAGCGUAACGGCCAGAGAGGGCAGAAGGAGGUAG